AUGUUGCGAUGGAAGCUUCCUCCAACGGGCAUGAUUAAGGUGAACAUGGAUGCCGGUGUAGACAAAACUCAGUGCAAAGUGGGGCCUGGAGUGGUUUUUCGCGACGAUGUCGGAGUAGCUGUUGCGUCAUCUUCUACUCCAAUUUCUGCCUGUUUUGAUUCUCGUGUGGCGAAAGCGGCAGCUUUGCUGGAAGUCAACUACUGUCCAAGAAUAACUAAUGGGACUAAACAUACUUUAGCUAAGCUUGCCAUUUCGAUGGAAGGCACCACUGUGUGGUGCCGAGUCAUGGAUAUGUUUAGAGAAGGAGGUUCUACCACCAGACCUCCCAUGCUUGAAGGGGCUAACUAUCCUUAUUGGAAAACAAAGAUGAGAGCUUAUCUUAAAUCUGUAGACGAACGAGUUUGGAUGGCUGUUUCUGAGGGUUGGACUCCUCCUACUGAGAUUGUUGGAAAUGUUGAUAUUGCUAAGGCUGCGAGCAAGUGGACGACUGAUGAAAUUGAGAAUGCCAACUUUAACUCUAAAGCUCUCAAUGCCAUUUUCAAUGCUGUUUCUGCUAAUCAGAUGAAAGUGGUUGCAAAUUGUGAGAUUGCUAAGGAAGCUUGGGAUAAGUUGAAGAUCAAGAAUGAGGGUACUUCGGCUGUCAAGAAGUCAAGACUGAGAUCCUUAGCUAGAGAAUUCGAAAAUCUUACCAUGGAUGAAGAAGAUUCGAUUGCUGAUUUCCAUGCUAAGUUGUGUGAUAUUUCUAAUGAGUCUUAUGCUCUGGGAGAGACUUACACCAACGAUAAGCUUGUUAGGAAGGUUCUUGGGUCUCUUCCAAGGAGAUUCAAAGCCAAACUCACAUCUAUUGAGGAGGUGCAUGAUGUUGAAGAUAUGGAUCUGGAUGAACUGAUUGGUUCUCUACAGAAUUAUGAAUUAACCCUCAAAAGAUGGAGUAAGGGAAAGAAAGUGAAAGACAAGGAAACUGAGAAGGCUGGAGGUAGUUUGGCUUUUGUGUUAAAAGAAACUCAUGACCAAGAAGGAGAUAUGUUUGAUACAUUAACAGAAGAGAAAGCUGAAUGUGCUAACACUCAGAAAAAGAAGAAGAAGGCUCUUGUUACAACUUGGAGUGACAGUGAAGAAGAGAAAGAUGGGAGUUGCAGUGAGUUUUUAGAUCAUGAGAAAAAUGUCAUUACUUUUCUGGCCAAAGAAGAGGAAGUUGAAAAUGAAGUUAGGGAUAAUGAGAGCAGCUGCUCUGAAGCUGACAGUCUCGAUCAGCAAACUGCUUAUGAGCAAAUGUAUCAACAGUGGCUGACUAUGGUUCAAAAAGUAAAACUCCUUGAAGAACGAAAUACCUCUCUUAACAUGACCAACUCCAAGCUUGAAGCUGAGAUAAAACACUUGACCGAAGAAUUAGAAAAGAAUGAAGAGAAGUUGUAUGUUGUUCAAGCUGAUCUCGUUCGAGCCAAACAAUCUUUAGAAUCAAUACCUCCAGGAACAGCUGCCUUAAAUCAUCAGCUUCAUCUUCAGAAACCCUAUGGAGAAAUGACAUCUAUUGGUUACAAGCUGUUAUACAAAAAGGGAGACAACCUUACCAUUGGUGAAUCUCUUGGUUCAUCUGCUGCAGAUAAAACACACACUAUUAUUGAUGAUUCUGGCAGAAGUCAAGUUAGUACAUCUAGAUCACCUCUUGCUGAAAGAAAAGAGUAUAAGGAGGUUUGGAGACCAAAGCUAACGAGCUACUCUCAGGAAGAUAAAGUUAUUUUUGUUCUAGUAGCUCAUACAUCUCUUUCUGCUUUUAAGGAUGAUCAGUGGUACUUUGAUAGCGGAUGUUCCAAGCACAUGAUUGGCAACAAACAGUUAUUGAAUAACUACAAAGAAGGGACUGAAGGACUGGUCACGUUUGGAGAUGGCAACAAGGGAGCAAUUCUUGGGAGAGGAGAUCUUGUGCUUAAAAAUCUUCCUGUGGUCAAAGAUGUGCUUUAUGUUAAGGGAUUGAAAGCAAAUCUCUUAAGCAUAAGUCAGCUGUGUGAUGAUCACUAUACUGUGAAUUUUUCCAAGUCCACAUGUCUUGUAAAGUCUACUGAUGGGUGUUCUGUCUUGUCUGGAACAAGGUCUAAUGAUAACUGCUACAUGCUGAACAAUACUGAUGUGUGCUCUAGAGUUUCAUUAGAUAAGUCUGACUUAUGGCAUUAUAGACUUGGUCAUCUGAAUUACAGAGAUUUAAGGAAGUUGGUUAAACUUAAGGCUGUGAGAGGGGUUCCUGAUUUCAAAGUUAGCAGAGAACGUGUGUGUGGUCCUUGUCAGCAAGGCAAACAAGUGAGAUCUUCUCAUUCUCCUAUUAAGAUGCUUCUCACGAAUAGAGCUCUUGAGUUGUUACACAUUGAUUUGAUGGGUCCUAUGCAGACAGAAAGUCUCAAUGGAAAAAGAUAUGUGAUGAAUGAAAAAGUCUUAAAGAUAACUAAAGUGUUUAGACUCAGGAGCGACCAUGGCAAAGAGUUUGAAAAUGCUUUAUUCGCUGAAUUUUGUGAUCACAUGGGCAUUGCACAUGAAUUUUCUGCUCCAAAAACUCCUCAGCAAAAUGGAGUUGUAGAACGCAAGAACAGAACUCUUCAAGAAAUGGUCAGAGUUAUGUUGAAUGCCAAAGGGAUUUCUCAAAGAUUUUGGGCAGAAGCAAUUAACACUGCAUGCUACAUUAGUAAUCGUGUGCAUCUCAGAACUGGAACUACUCAAACAACUUAUGAAUUGUGGGAAGGUAAAACUCCUAAUCUGAAUUACUUGAAGAUUUUUGGUUGUACCUGCUAUAUUUUGAAUGAUAGAGACUACCUUGGAAAAUUUGACUCCAAGAGUGACAAAGGUAUGUUUCUCGGAUAUUCUCCUAAUAGUCGUGCAUAUCGUGUGUUUAAUAAACGAAAUAACACUGUCAUGGAGUCUGUCAAUGUUCGUUUUGAUGACACAGAGGAUUUGUCAGAUGAUCUUGAUAAUGAUGAGGAUGGUUCAAUAUCUGCCUUGGUACCUCAUUCACAAGUUCUCAUGCCUAAUAUUUCCAGUUCACCCUCAUCGUCUUCCUCUACUGAUCAUACAGAGCCAUCUGGAGAAUCUGAAGAUAUGGUUGUUGAUAGUCCAGAGUCUGAACAGUCAGUUGAAUCUUCUCAUCAACUUUCACCAGCCAGGCUAUACAAAAAGGGGCCUCCAUCAUGGAUUCAAAAAGCACACCCUCCUACUGUUGUCAUUGGUGAUCCUUCAGCUUCUAUGGUUACCAGAAGAAAGGUUGCCAAUGAAAUCUCUCAUUUGUGUUAUCUGUCUAACAUUGAGCCAAAGAAUGUCAAACAAGCUCUUUCUGAUGAGCAUUGGGUUGCAGCAAUGCAUGAAGAACUUUUACAGUUUGAAAGAAAUGAAGUAUGGGAUUUGGUGGACAGACCAGAAGGGAAGAAUAUUGUAGGAACAAAAUGGAUUUUGAAGAACAAAUUGGAUGAGUUUGGAACUGUUACUAGAAACAAAGCUCGUCUUGUUGCUCAAGGAUACAAAUAG